CAAAUUUGUCAUUGUCAAUAUUUUUAAUUAUCAUUUAUCAAAAAAAACUCCGAAGAAAAUAAUUGGGUGAUAUUUCAAAAUUAAAAUGUAUCAGCAAUAUAUGAAUCAAUUGCAAAUAUCUCUUACAAAUUUAUCUUCAGACGAAUUGAAAGACUUAUUGAACGAUGACGACAAAUUGGAAGAACGGGUAAUUGAGGCUCUCAAAUCUUUAGAAGAACAAAAAUCAUCACUCUUGGAAGAAAAUCGAACUUUUGCUGAAGGCAAUUUGCUUAAAGAACCUGAAAUAAUUGAAUUAAAGGGAAAAUUAAGUGAGCUUUCGCAAGAAGGAAAAGAGUUAUGUAGUUCUGUGCAAGAAAAAUUAACAGAAUUCAAAAAUAAAUCUGUGACUAUCAACCAAGAUACUGCCUUAGCUCUUCUGCAAACUGCAGCAGCAGAAUGUGAAGAAGAAUCAGAAAAAUUAGUUAAGGAUUUUUUAGAUAACGAACUAAAUUUGGAAUCAUUUUUAGAUCAAUUUCUAAAUUUGCGAAAAAUAAUGCAUUUGCGCAAAGUAAAAUCAGAAAAAAUGUCUGAAAUUAUUCAAAAGGGCCAAAAUCGCGGAAGCGCUUAUAUUCCUCCUUCAACAGGCUUUUUCAACAAUUUAUCUACAAGUGGUGGAUUACCCUAUCCAACUGGCGGAAUACCUAAUAUACCUUAUCCUAUAGGUCCAAUGGCCAUGCCAAUGCCUAUGCCUAUGCCACCAAGGCAUCCCUAUUAAAAGUCUAAAAAAAAUAUAAACUUAAUUAUAAGUAAAAUUUUAAAUUGUAUUAAACUACAUAUUUUCGCACAUUCAAAUUUAUAUCGAUUACAUUUUGUAGUGUUACUUCUGUUUACAAGAUUAAAUUUGAAGAUGUGUGAUAAAUAUAUAUCUAUGUAACUAUGUACAUUAUUUGCAAGUAGAAUUCAAAAAAA